GGCGCAUCGUCAUCUCCACAACUUCGACUCGGAUCCGGCUCUGGCUCUGCUUCUGCUUCUUCUCUUCUCAACAGAAUGGAGUCGACCGCGCUGUUUAAUUCGAAAAGAAGAGCAGUGCUGCUGCGGGCGGUGCUCAGGCUGUGGUAUCUGAUUGGCAGCAUAUUCCUCGCUGCCGGUGUCCUCAACAGAAUGUACAUCCUCCCCAAGUUCAUGAUGCUCGUCAUGGCCCGGAAAGAGCUCUUUGGUCUCACUCUCGACCUCGUCUACCGCAUGAACUCACGCCUCGCUGCCAUCAUCGCCGAGUCCCCCGCUGCUCCCCUCCGUGCCUCGGCAGAUCCAACCGCAAUUAGCAGCAGCAUCAGCGCCAAUGAUCCCGACGUCGUGCUGCAGUCUGUCAGCGAUGGUGCGUUUGUCGAUAAGCAGACGCAGACCGACGACUCGCUGCUUGACCCGUCUCUGCUCUCACCGCCGGCUGCUGCUGCUGCGGCGGCGGUCUCCCCCUCGUCCACCGAAGCGCGAUUAUCCUCCGCGAUUGAACUCGAUCAGCAAACAAAUACAGACUCUACAAGUAACAUGCUUCCGCUGAGCUACCACUCGCUGCAAUACCUCUGCCGCAACGCAAAACUCAUCCCAAGUCUCCUUUCCAACCCGGCUCUGGUCGGCGCAUCCUACUCCGUCAACGAACUCAAUCUCCUCGUCGAGGAGCUCUCGUUCACCUCCGUGACAGCAACUAGUUCGCAUGUGAGGCCGGAGGCGACGUCUUUGCAGCAGACGAAGCAGUAUGUCACUCAUCUGCGGGAUGAGAUCAGGGGUUUGAAGAGUCUGGCGCUGACUAUGAAUUAGUGUGGAGUUUGGUAUCCAACGGUCUGACGACCAAAAGCGACAGUCUAUGAAGCGAAAUUUGUUGUUUUGGUAUGGAGUUUGUUUAAGGGUCAUUGAAUUGUUAUAGCAAAUAAAGAUA